GGGUUUGAGCUAUAAUCAACUCACCGGGUCACUUCCAGCCUGGCUUGGAAACCUGCCGCACUUGCAAGUUCUAUAUACCGAUGGCACCAACCUCACUUGUCCUGCUAACACCCGCAGCUGCAGCCAAACCCAUUACGCCCUUCUGCCAAAUACGUCCUUCUGUCAAUAUUGUGCUUCCUUCUGUUUUGCAUGCCGGCAGUCAACAGGACCAACAUCUAGCAACAGAAGCAGCAACAGCAACAGCAGCAGCAGCAGCAAUAACAGCAGCAGCAGCCGCAGCAGCAGCAGCAACAGUAGCAGCAGUAGUGGCAGUGAUUCUUCUUCUCCAGCAGCAUCUGGAGGUGGAGGGGGUGUACCAGUGGGAGCCAUCGUUGGCAUUGCUGUUGCCGCUGUGGUAGUUCUCCUCCUGCUUCUGGCUGCCGUACUGCUUUGCUUCAGGCAACAAACGAAGCGAAAUUUGAAAGGCAUGGGCACCAGCCUGGCAGCGUCACACUGCACGGAGUUCUCCCUGGACGAGAUCCAGCAAAUGGCAGACAAGAACCAUCCCAACAUUGUGCGACUGUUAGGGUUUGCAGUUGGAGGGGACGUCAGGUCUAAAAUCGAGCAGGUCUUGAUCUACGAGUUUGUGCCCAACGGUGACCUCGACAGCUUCGCUGUGCUCAUGCUUGUAGUGGUCACUGGUCGCCCUCCACUCUCUGAAGAUGCUGGGGACACCAAGCAGAUCAUGCCAUGGGCAUCCGAGUGCCUGUCCUCGGGCGACAUAGGGAGCCUCAAGCACCCCACCAUGGACGCCCCCGGGGAUGUGUUGCUGCGCUUAACUGAGCUGGCAGUCAGUUGCACCGUGGAGCGCACUGCAAGCCGCCCAACCAUGGCGCACAUUGCCGACGAGCUGCAAGCUGUCAGGGAGGAGGUGGCGGGUAAAGAUGAGCUUAGCGCUGCCGUUAAGGUGGAUGAGCAGGUCCAGGAGAUGAAAGAUGCUUUUGGGGGAGUGGAUCUCGAGGCACAACUCCAGUUGAUUGGGGAAGAUGGCAGCUUCAUCACUCAACACCCAGUCUAG